CUGCGCUAUGAGGUCGCCAUGUUUCUCUGGCGCACCGUCAUGAACAUCUUCUUCCGUGAAAUCAGGCCUAGAGGUGCCUUCCACAUCUCCCGUGAUGGUCCCGUCAUCUUUACCGUAGCGCCGCACCAUAACCAAGCAUGUACUUCCCCUCCUGGCAAUUCCUUGCGCACAUUGACUUUCGUUGACAUGCUGCUCGCGCUCGAGGUAUUCAAGGAGACCAGACGGAAGGUACAAUUUCUUGUUGCCGCUAAAAGUAUGCAGCACAAGGUCAUCGGCUUCUUUGCCCGCAUGAUAUCCAGCAUCCCCGUCGUGCGUGCAGCCGAUACUGCUCAACCCGGUACUGGCCAAUUGGCCAUCUCAGACGACGAUCCUUGUCUCAUCGUCGGCCACGGAACCCGCUUUCUUUCUGAGCUCAAACCUAGGAUGACAAUCUCGCUCCCAAAGUCUGUCGGCGCGUCUGUCGCGGAGGUUGUCGAGGUCCUAUCCGAUACACAGCUCCGCAUCAAGAAGGAGUUUGGCGGCACCACGCGUCUCAGGGAAAAGCAGCGCGAACUGACAGACGGGAAGCAAGGCUUCGAUUUCAAGAAGAUGCCUCACGUCGAUCAGCAGGAGAUGUACCACCAUGUCUACCAAUGCCUCACGGAUGGAGGCGGCAUCGGCAUCUUUCCGGAAGGCGGCAGCCACGAUCGCACAGAUCUACUUCCGCUCAAGGCUGGCGUAUCGCUCAUGGCACUCGGCGCCAUGGCGAACGACCCCAACGUCAAAGUCAAAAUCGUCCCCGUCGGGCUGUCCUACUUCCACCCACAUCGUUUUCGUUCGCGCGUCGUAGUCGAGUUCGGUACUGCGCUUGACGUGCCCCAGGAGCUUGUUGAGAUGUUCAGGCGCGGCGGCGCGGAGAAGCGGCAAGCGGUGCAGAAGCUGCUCGACCUCAUCUACGACGGGCUGAAAAUCGUGACGGUCCGCGCGCCAGACUACGACACGCUCAUGCUCUGCCAGGCAGCACGGCGACUGUACGAGACGCCCGGGCAACACCUUACACUCGGACAGGUCGUUGAGCUCAAUCGGCGCUUCCUUGAGGGCUAUCUGCACUUCAAGGACGAGCCGAAGGUGCGAAAACUCCGGGCAGAUGUGCUGUGGUACAAUCGACGGCUGCAAGACCUGGGCCUGCGCGACCAUCAGGUGCCGCAUGCGCACAAGGCGAGCUGGAAGCUGGCUGGCCUGUUCGUGUACCGUGUCGGGCUGCUGCUCGUGUGGGCAGGAUUCGCGCUCCCGGGCGUUGUUCUCAACGCGCCCAUUUUUAUGACUGCCAAAAUCAUCUCGCGCAGAAAGGCCGCAGCGGCGCUCGCCGAAUCAACCGUCAAAGUGGCUGCGCGCGACGUGGUCGCAACGUGGAAAAUCCUCGUCGCCCUGGGCCUGACCCCCGUCUUGUACGGCUUCUAUGCGUUUCUCGCGGCCGUCCUCGCCAUCAGGGCGGGCACGUCGACGCUGUGGGUCGUAUGGACGUCGAUUGUGACCUUUUUCACACUGCCUUGUAUUGCGUACGCGGCACUCAAAUUCGGUGAAGCCGGAAUGGAUGUGUUCAAGUCAUUGCGGCCUCUAUUUAUCACGCUCAUACCUGGACAGUCGCGGGUGCUCGACGAGGUGAAGGCGAUGCGUAUCGAAGUAUCAAAUGAGCUUGCCGAUGUCGUGCGCGAGUUCGGACCCAAGCUGUGGGAUGACUUUGACAUGGCAAGUGAUGAUCGAAUUCCGGUUCCGUCUGCUAGCGCUCCGCCUUCCUCUGGCACACCAGGUUUGUGGCGGCGGAAAAGCAGCACAGGUGGCGUCGAUGCGCAAGGCAGCCUGCUUGUCCACCCAAUGACCUGGCUUGAUGAACGGCUCUUCGGCUGGAGCCGCAGCGCAUCGCGUGGGACAAGUGCGUGGGCGGGCACGCCGAGCACGGAGAUCAGCCGCGCACCUUCUCCUGCGCCAUCCGAGGACGAGGUGGGCGAUUACGACAACGUUCUCGGCUACCUCGAAGCCCGUAAGCCUGCUGGGCACUCGCGCUCGCGCAGCCACCAGAACUCGUACGCGGACUUGCAGAAGUUGCGGGAGGAUGAUGGUCGCGCAAGGGCAUUUGCUUCGUCUGAUGGACAAGCGGUGGGCUCCGAUGACGGGAUGCAGAUUCGAAGACGGGGUGGCUUCUUGCAACCCAGUGAUACUACGUAAGGCUUCGGGGACGCUCCCUUGAGAUCGCUGUUUUCUUGCCACCAUCGCGUAGCGAGGGUUGUCUCAACAAUACAUGUAUCUACUCGUACCAGAUACACACAGUUUUCAUGUACG